AUGUUAAAAUUUAAAAGGGCUGUUGAAGAAGAAGACUCGAAAAGAGGUCGUUUCUGGCUCUGUCUUCGACUUCCAAGCAAGGAAAGGCCAGAAUUCGCUCACCGUCUUCUUGCCUGGCUGCCUAGAUCGUCUGCGGCCUUUCCCUUCAACUUCCAAACAAUUAGCGAAAUCGAUUUCUGCCCACACUGGGCCGAUUCCCGUCUCCGCCGCUGAAUUCAGGCCUACUCCCAGAAAAUUGUCCUUCACGGCUUUAUCAGUAUUCGAGUUGUUGUUUCGAAACUUUUGAAUGGAUACAAGUAAUUGGAGACCUCCCCAAGGUGGCGAACCCCCUUUGGACUCUGGGGAUUGGAGGUCUCAAUUGCAGAACGAUUCUCGACAGCGAAUUGUCAACAAGAUAAUGGAGACUUUGAAGAGGCACCUUCCUGUUUCUGGUAAUGAGGGAUUGAGUGAGCUGAGGAAAAUUGCUGUAAGGUUUGAGGAAAAGAUUUAUACUGCCGCCACCAGUCAGUCAGAUUACCUGAGGAAAAUAUCUUUGAAGAUGCUUACCAUGGAAACUAAGUCUCAGAGCUCUAUGGGAAAUCCAUUACCAUCCAAUUCUAUGGUGCCUAGCAACAAGCCUCUGGAUACAGCUUCACAGAGCAUGCCGUCUCAAGCUAUAAAUCAAUCAACUGUCCCACUGUCUUCCAAUCAGCCUCAAUCACGCCAGCAAUUACUCUCCCAGAACAUCCAAAAUACUAUUGCUCCUCAGAGUUCAUCCAGCUUACCUUCUGCAGUUCCUCCUGUCACUGGAUUGGCCCCAUCUUCAAUGCCAACUAUGGUUGGCCAGAGUUCAAGCAUGCAAAGUGUAUCUGGAGUUUCACAGAAUGUUGGAAAUACUGUGGGUCAAGGGGUUCCUUCCAAUGUAUUUCCCAACUCUCAGAGGCCAAUACAAGGAAGACAAGUAGUUUCCCAACAGCAACAGCAGCAGUCCCAAAGCCAGCAGCAGUAUCUUUAUCAGCAUCAGUUACAGCAGCAGCUUAUCAAGCAGAAGUAUCAGCAGGGGAGUAUGUCACACCAACUUAUGCAACCUCACAUGUCGCAACAGCAACAGAAUCUAAUACAACCCAAUCAACUGCAAUCGUCUCAGCAAUCUGUUUUACAAACUUCAUCUGUUAUGCAACCUUCUGUGAUGCAACCUUCGCUCUCUAAUCUGCAGCAAAGCCAGCAAUCUCCCAUUCAACAGCCCACUCAAUCCAUGCUUCAGCAACCUUCACAGCCAGUUCUUAGGCAGCAGCAGCAGUCCCAACCACAUGCUGCCAUGCAUCAGCAGCCUACAAUGCCACAGCAGACAAUGCUGCCUUCACAGCAGCAACAACAGCUAAUUAGUCAACAACCAAAUUCUUCAAAUAUGCAGCAGAAUUCAUUAAUUGGGCAGCAAAGCAGCCUUGGGGACAUGCAGCAGCAGCUGCCUCAGCAAUCAAGGUCGCAUGGGCAGCAGAGCAAUCUAUCAAACAUGCAGUCUCCGCCAUCACAACAGCAGCAGCAGUUGAUGACUCAGCAAAACAACCUAUCAAAUUUGCAGCAGCAGCAGCAGCAGCAGUUAGGACCUCAAAGUAAUGUUUCUGGAUUACAACAACAAAUUCAUGGAACUCAGUCAGGUAACUCAAACAUGCAAACAAAUCAGCACUCUGUACAUAUGCUGCAUCAGAACAAGGUUCAAAUGCAGCAACAACCUCCGCCCAAUACAUCAAAUUUAUUGUCAACGCAAGGUCAACAAGGACAACUUCAGCCAUCCCAACAGUUGAUGUCACAGAUUCCAUUACAGUCUACCCAGGUCCAACAACAGGUUCCUUUGCAGCAGCAGCAGCAGCCGCCAAAUGUCAUGUCGCAUGAGCUCCAACAAAGGCUUCAAGUUUCAGGCCAAGCACCAGGCUCCUUGCUUCAACCGCAAAACGUAAUGGAUCAGCAAAAGCAGGUGUAUCAUUCGCAAAGGGCUCUUCCAGAGACGUCAUCAACAUCGUUAGAUUCCACCGCUCAGACAGGACAAGCCAAUGCUGGUGAUUGGCAAGAGGAGAUUUAUCAGAAGAUCAAAGCUAUGAAGGAGUUGUACUUUUUUGAAUUGAAAGAAAUGUACCAGAAAAUUCUUCCAAAAUUGAAUCAGUUUGACAGCCUUCCACAACAACCAAAGUUAGAGCAACUAAAUAAGCUCAAGGCAUUUAAGUCAAUUUUGGAACGCCUUUUAGCAUUCUUACAGGUUCCAAAAAGUAAUAUCGUACUUGGAUUUAAAGAUAAGAUAGGCCAUUACGAGAAGCAGAUUGUUAGUUUUUUGAAUUCCAAUAGGCCAAGGAAUCCCGUAUCUACACUGCAGCCAGGACAGCUUCCUGCCUCUCACAUGCACUCGAUACAGCAGUCACAGUCACAGAUGACUUCACUACAGUCUCCUGAAAAUCAAAUCAAUUCCCAACUUCAUUCUGCAAACAUGCAAUGUUCUGUGGCUCCGGUGCAGCAGAACAAUAUGAACAAUAUGCAACACAAUUCCCUUUCAUCUUUUUCAGGAUCAGCAGCACAACAAAACAUGACGAGCCCAAUGCAGCCUGGUUCUGGUUUGGAAUCAGGACAAGGAAAUUCACUGAGCUCGUUGCAGCAGGUUGCUGCUGGGUCUUUGCAACAGAAUCCUGCAAACACUUCCCAACGGGCAAACAGUAGUUCUUUGUCAUCACAAAAUGGGGUGAACCCUCUGCAGCAAAAUAUCAGUGCUCUUCAGUCAAAUCCUAAUAUGCUUCAACAUCAACAUCUGAAACAACAGGAUCCACAGCAGUUGAUGCAAUCGCCGCAACAGCUGAAACAACAAUUGCAGCAGAGACAUAUUCAUCAACUGAAGCAGCAGAUGUUGCAGCAGCAUCAGCAACAACAGCAACAACCACAAUCACAUCAGCAACAGUCACAGCUGCAUCAGCAAGGAAAGCAGCAAUUACCCACACAAAUGCAAAUGCAGGCGCACCAAAUGUCACACCUUAAUCCAAUCAAUGAGAUAAAUGAUCUGAAGAUGAGACAGGGGCUUGCUGUGAAGCCAGGGAUGUUUCAACAUCUCCCAGCAACUCAGCGCUCAGCUUAUUCCCAUCCGCAGUUGAAACCAGGAACUUCAUUUCCAAUUUCACCUCCGAUCUUUCAGGCUGCAUCCCCUCAAGUUGCCCAAAAUUCUUCUCCACAGGUUGACCAACAAAGCCUGCUUUCAUCAAUUACCAAAACUGGGACACCUUUGCAAUCGGCAAGCUCCCCCUUUGUUGUUCCAUCUCCUUCAACUUCGCCUGUGGCUCCAUCUCCAAUUCCUGGUGAUUCUGAAAAGCCCAUGUCUGCUGUCUCAUCACUUACAAAUGCUGGAAAUACUGGACAACAAACAAGUGUGUCCGGGACACAAGCCCAAUCUCUUGCCAUUGGCACCCCUGGGAUAUCUGCCUCACCAUUGCUUGCUGAGUUUAGUGGUACAGAUGGUUCUUAUGUCAAUGCAUUACCAACUGUUUCUGGCAAAUCAAAUGUUACAGAGCAGCCUCUUGAACGCUUAAUUAAAGCGGUUAAAUCAAUGUCACCUAAAGCUUUGAGUGCCUCUGUCAGUGGCAUAGGAUCAGUUGUCAGUAUGAUUGAUAGGAUAGCAGGCUCGGCCCCUGGCAAUGGAUCGAGGGCUGCAGUUGGGGAGGAUCUGGUUGCGAUGACAAAAUGUCGACUACAAGCAAGAAAUUUUGUUUCACAUGAUGGGCUAAAUGGAACGAAAAAAAUGAGGCGCUAUACAAGUGCAAUGCCCUUAAAUGUUGUAUCAUCAGCUGGAAGCGUAAAUGAUGUUUUUAAACCGUUGACUGGUGCAGAGACAUCUGAUCUUGAAUCUACUGCAACAUCAAGUGUCAAGAGGCCUAGGGUUGAGGCCAAUCAUGUUCUUCUGGAAGAAAUAAGGGAAAUAAACCAACGUCUCAUCGACACGGUGGUCGUUAUCAGUGAUGAGGUUGUUGAUCCAAGUGCUUUAGUGGCUGCUGCUGAUGGUAGUGAAGGAACAAUUGUCAAGUGUUCUUUUAGUGCUGUGGCUCUCAGUCCCAACUUAAAAUCCCAGUACGCUUCUGCACAAAUGUCUCCAAUUCAGCCUUUACGGUUGCUUGUUCCUACAAACUAUCCAAAUUGUUCCCCGAUACUCUUAGACAAGUUUCCUGUUGAAGUCAGCAAGGAAUAUGAAGACCUCUCUAUAAAGGCCAAGUCAAGAUUUAGCAUAUCCUUGCGAAACCUUUCACAGCCAAUGUCGCUUGGGGAGAUAGCAAGAACUUGGGAUGUCUGUGCACGUGCUGUUGUUUCUGAGUACGCUCAGCAGAGUGGCGGUGGAAGCUUUUGUUCAAAGUACGGGGCUUGGGAGAACUGUUUGAGUGCUGCAUGAUUUGAAAAUACAUCCAAAAGGAUUUUGGCGAACCAUUUGGAGGGAACUCCAGCAAGCCGACUGUCCAGCUCUGCAUGCUUGGGAAUACAGGCGGUUUAAUAAAACAAUGUAUCAUAUCAUAAGUAUGUCUAAAACGUUGAAAUACUUUGCUUCAGGUUAUUUGAUCAUAUCAUGGUCAGGGCCAAUUAAGCUAUUGUAUUGCCACGAUGGAUCGAUUUCUUGUGAAUGCUGCUGUGCCCCUUUUGGCAAUCUGUCUGUCAAUCAUAAAAAUGGGACUCUGAAAGUGAAAUCCUUGAUGUCCA